AUGGGAACCGAGAAGGGAGUGGUCCGCCGGCAGCGGGGUGCGCUCACCGCCCGCUUGACGUGCCCGCUCUGCAAGGACCUCUUUCGGGAGGCCUGCGCCUUCACCGAGUGCCUCCACACAUUCUGUCGGGAGUGUAUUAUGAAGAAAAUAGAUGAUGAAGAGAUCGACUCCUGCCCAGUAUGCAAUGUUUAUCUUGGUAUUGCUCUUGAAGAGAAACUCAGGCCUGAUCUCAAUCUUCAGAGUAUCAGGAAUAAGGUGUUUCCACUUAAGACAGAAGCUUCUGGUUCUAAGGAUCCAACUAUUACAUCGCCAGCAAAGAGAAAAGAGAGGUCCCUUUCUUUGCAUGAUGGAAUAACUACCCCAGUCUGGUUUUCACUAGUCACUUCACCGAACCAGUUACAAGAUAAAUUGCUGCCUCAGAUGCCAAAGAUGUACUUGAGAAUUAAGGAUAGGAGUAUGCAGAUCUGCUCGAUCCUGAGUUACAUUACAAAGAAACUUGAGCUAGCAAGUGAUGAUAAGUUGGAGAUCCUAUGCAACGAGUGGUGGCCAAUCUGCCCUUCGACGACGCUGGGUUGCCUACUUGAACAGUGGCUGAGCAGCAAGCUGAAGCAGAAGGUCCGGGCUACGGUGGGUGGCCCGGCCAAUGAGUUCGUGAUGGAGCUAAGCUACCGCCGUCCGAGACAACCUCCCUCCCAUGCUACUGCAGCACCUAGAAUGCAGGGGGUAACUGAGGAGAAACAUUUUGCUGCUAGCAACAAUACUAGGGUGACACCACCCACCUCCGUCUCCCCCGACCUCCCAUGUACCUCUCCUCCGGCAUUGGCAGAAGCUGCUGGGCAAAGCCCUGGCGACGCCGGCGGCGACGACCCUCCCUUACCCAGCUGUUCAGACCACACGUGGGAAGAGCCGAUGGAGGUAUUGAGGGCACCCGAAGAAGAAGACGAUGCCAUCGCAGCUCGGGUGUAG